ACGUGCUCCACCAGGUCUACACUCACUUGUUGUUUUGUUAAAAUGAAAGGAUGUAUUCAGGUUCCAGAUCCACACUCCAUACCAGUUGGUGGCGGUAAAGCACCAUAACGUUAUUCGCUAACCUCCAUACACCUCGAGAAGGAAGAAGAAAGAAGCGCAGGGAACUUGGAGGAGUGAGGCAUCUCGCUGCUGUGACAUAUCGCUGCAGUGCGGACUUUAGUACAGUGUGUCUCUGCUGCGGAGCUUCUCCGGUCCCGCUGCUGCGGUGUCGGCUCCUCUCUUUCCGGCCCCCACACUCCGAGUUACAGGCACCGGGUGGUGGAGAGGCGGCCGCCGGGUCAGAGCCCUGUCACUGACACACUAUCCGCUGACACGUCUGACCCGUCCGCUGCGGUGCUGCUAGCCCUUUAGCUAAAGUUAGCUAACCUACCGUUGGGCGGUUAUGAUGACAAUAAAGUUAACAGAGCCCCUCAACACAACUCCACGGGAACACGAAUAACAACACGUUCAGAGGAACGUCAGAAACGAGUUGCAGUGUUUUAUUUGGGGAAACUUCUCGACUGCCACGCGGACUUUAUCCACGGUUUCCUCUCGCCGUCCGGACCGGAGCUAGCUAAUAGUGACAGAUUAUGCUGCUCUCCGCCACAACACGCCUCCUCGGAAGAGGGAAGACCUUGCUCUCUCACCCCGUGAAGAGGAUCUGCGGGGAAAUGUCGACCUCCUCCCUGGCCGGCAAGCGACUGCGGGUCCUGGUCGACAUGGACGGGGUGCUGGCGGACUUCGAGGGCGGGUUCCUGAAGAAGUACCGGGCGAGGUACCCGGCUGAGCCCUACAUCACCCUGGAGGACAGGAGGGGGUUCUGGGUGUCCUCGCAGUACGGGCAGCUGAGGAGCGACCUGUGUGAAAAAGCCAUCAGCAUCUGGGAGUCCAAAGACUUCUUCAUAGAGCUGGAGCCGCUGCCGGGAGGAGUGGAAGCCGUCAAGGAGAUGGCCAGGAUGGAUAACACAGAUGUCUUUAUUUGCACCAGCCCUAUAAAGCAUUACAAACACUGCCCAUAUGAGAAGUAUGCUUGGGUAGAGAAGCAUUUUGGCCAUGAUUUUCUGGAGCAGGUCAUCUUGACCAGGGACAAGACAUUAAUCAGCGGAGACAUCCUCAUAGACGACAAGCCUGAUAUUCUUGGCGUGGAGUCCAAUCCGACGUGGCAGCACAUCCUGUUCACCGCCUGCCACAACAAGCAUCAGUCCCUCAGCCCCUCCCAGAGACGCCUCCAGUCUUGGUUGGACGACUGGAGGGCCAUCCUGGACAGCAAGAGGCAGUGAGGGACGCUUGCACCAAAGAGCCACGGCGGCCUGGCUUCCUCGUUAGUUUCUGGGCGGGGGGGUCGCCACCACCGCCACGACAUCAUCACCACAGCAGUGGGUGUCGUUGGGAGACGUCCCUGUCUUGCAGAAACUCUGAUAAUUAAGGUAAACUCAAGGAAAAGCUGCUGGGAGUUGACAUUCACUUGAAGCACCACAUGGGGGCACUAUGAGACUGUGUCUGAAGUCAUGUCAACAACCACGUUUCCACUUAUGAUACAACAUGUCACAACAAAACAAACAACACGGGGACAGUGUGGCUACAUGGGAAGUCUGACAGAGCAGAUUGAACUUCCUGUCAGCUGCCACCUGUGUUCUACUGUUUUGUUUUUUUAUGGAUCUUUCUGUUGACAUUUCUGUUCAAAGUCAAACAUGUUUAUUUUUUUGUUUUUUUUAUUUUUUUAGCCACUCGAGUGUUUUUAUCUGUCGGUCACAAAAAGGCUUAUCAGCAUUUCUCAGCACUGUGUUACAUUAAUGAGUCAGUCGACCACGAUUGGCUCACGACAACAGGACACUCCACUACACGCUAAUAUUUACACUCGAUACAUGAACACAGGAACGUGACCUGGACCUCCAUUGUUAGUGUUUUAAAAGCCUAUUAUUUGACAUGUUUGUCUUCUGGGUGCUGUUUUCUGGUGCUUUUUCCUACAAAGAUCCACGGUUCUUAAUUAAGCUGUGUUCAGAUUGUGAACUCCGGGUGAAUUUCCACAUAAUGGGGCCCUGACAUUCUCCACAAGAGCGCUGCAGGAGAUUCAUGCAGGAAACAGGACAUGACGUGUAAAUCCCGCUGCUGAGAUCACAUGUUUUUGGUCCCUUACACACAUGGUAUUCACCGAUUACAGGUGUGAACGCACUCAGAUCAGAUAGCGAUCCGAUCACGCCAGGCCACAUUCGGAGGUGAUCUGGGCCACACGUGUCCACAUUCUUUUAAACGGUGUGAACACGAACGCCUGAGCAACAUAUGAAGGACCGCCUACUCAGUUCACAUCUUUAUUGGCCUCCUCAACGUGUAAGACAUCUCUUUUUCAACCCGAGGUACACUAUUCGUUAAGUUAUUGUUUUUUUUUUGCGUCACGUCUUAGAAACAACAUCAGCACACCCACUCUCCCGCGGUGGAUCUUAAGGAGAAUCUCCCGUUUUAAUCUCACUCGCACGUUAUCCCGAGUUUUUACUAGAGAAUGUCCGCAGCAACUCACUGUGACAUUUACGUUCUCACAUACAGCCCCUCUGGAGAUUCUCCGGAGUUGAGUGCAUGUCUGAAAGCAGCUAUAAUAGAUUGAUAAGAAAGAAAGAGCGAGUCCAACCCUGCGAAUUUAACAAAUACUAAUGCAUGUUGCCAAAACCAUCACUUGUGUCAAAAAAGUGUGCUGAAUUUCAAGAAAUAUGACAUUUUAAAAAGAUGAAAAGACGCCUAUGAAAUACAAUGAAUAUAAGAGUAAUUUAGAGUUUUAAAAAUUUAAAAAGACGAUUUAUAGAUGAUAUAUUUUUUGCUUUUACAUGCUCUACUUUCAGAAAUAUUUUAAUAGUUUAUGGUUAAAUGCUUAUUGUUAAUACUCACUGAAGUUAAAACAGAACCACAGUGUCCUCAAAACACAAUAAGAUAUGUUUUUGUUAAUUUGUUCAUGUCCUGUGUGAAUUUCAAAUGCAUUUCAACCAAAAUGUAUCCACAUUCUUUUUUUACCACAAAAUGCUUUCAAACUCUUCUGAGGUGCAGAAAUGGAUUUCUGGCAGACCAGUCGUGAUUUUGCUGCAAUUGUGUUUUUUUAAGAACAAAGCGGUGGAUAUUGAACAUACUGUAUGUAAUGGAGGGCAUAGUUCAAUGUUCUUUGUGCCUCUUGUCUUGUUGUUUGUACUUUGUUUCACCACGUUCAAAGUAAAGAAUACCUGGACCAUG